CAUACACUAUAUUGCCAAAAGUAUUUGGACACCCCUCAAAAUCAUUGGAUACAGGUGUUCCACUCACCUUCAUGGCCACAGGUGUAUAAUAUCAAGCACUUAGGCAUGCAGACUGCUUCUACAAAGAUUUGUGAAAGAUUGGGUCACUAUCAGGAGCUCAGUGAAUUCAAGCAUGGUACCUUGAUAGGUUGCCACCUGUGAAAUUAGUCCAUCCAUGAAAUUACCUUGCUACUAAAUAUUCCACAGUCAACUGUUAGUGGUAUUAUAACAAAGUGGAAGGAACUGGGAACAACAACAACUCAGCACUCCGCCAUUGGACUCUAGAGCAGUGGAAACAUGUUCUCUGGAGUGACAAAUCACACUCCUCUGUCUGGAAAUCCAAUGGACAUGCCUUGGUUUGGUGGUUGCCAGGAGAAUGGUACUUGCCUGACUGCAUUGUGCCAAGUGUAA